ACAGGGAUAAAAGCCCUUGCACGUCAGCAGUGAGGAAGAUGGUGAAGGAGACGGGAUACUACGACCUGCUGGGCGUGCGGCCGGGAGCCAGCCUGGACGAGAUCAAGCGAGCGUACCGGCGCCUGGCGCUGCGCUACCACCCUGACAAGAACCCCAGCGAGGGCGAGCGGGUAGGUGCAGCCCUCCCGGCCCCCACCCAGCUCGCUUUCCCCUCCUCUCACCCUUUUCUCCCCGCUCCCCAGUUCAAGCAGAUCUCCCAAGCCUACGAGGUGCUGUCGGAUGCCCACAAACGGGCGCUCUACGACCGCGGCGGGGAGCGGGCCAUGAAGGAGGGUGGCCUGGGAAGCCGAGGAGGAAGCAGCGGAUUCGGCUCCCCCAUGGAUAUCUUCGACCUCUUCUUCGGCGGGGGAGUGCGGAUGCGCAGCCGGGCGGACAGACGAGGGAAGACGGUGGUGCAUCAGCUCUCGGUGUCGCUGGAGGACCUCUACAACGGUACCACGCGCAAGCUGUCCCUGCAGAAGAACAUUAUCUGUAGGAAGUGCGGAGGCUGUGGGGUGCGGGAGGGCGCCCAGAGGAGAUGCCCCAAGUGCCACGGCUCGGGCAUGGAGGUUCGCAUCCACCAGCUGGGGCCCAGCAUGAUCCAGCAGAUCCAGACGGUGUGUUCCCAGUGCCAGGGCCAGGGGGAGUGGAUCCGGCCUCGGGACUGCUGCCUCACCUGCAACGGCCGCAAAGUCGUGCGGGAGAAGAAGAUCCUCAGCGUUCACCUGGAUAAAGGCAUGAAGGACGGGCAGAAGAUCACCUUCCACGAGGAAGGGGACCAGGUUCCCGGCCUGGAGCCCGGGGACAUCAUCAUCGUCCUGGAUCAGAAGGAACACCCCGUUUUCCGACGCAGCGGCGAUGACCUCAUUGUCAAGAGGGAGAUCAGCCUGGCAGACGCCCUGUGCGGCUGCCGACAGGUCAUCCGCACCCUGGACAACAGGACCCUGCUCAUCUCCUCCCAACCAGGUGACGUUAUCCGACCCGGGGACCUGAAGUGUGUCCCCAACGAGGGGAUGCCCGUCUACAGGAGCCCCUUCCAGAAGGGAAAACUCAUCCUCCAGUUCCAGGUGAAGUUCCCCGAGCCCGGCUGGCUCCCCACCGACCGCCUGCGCCAGCUCCAGGCCUUCUUCCCACCCCAGGAGGAGGUGAUGGCCACCGAGGACACAGAGGAGGUGGAACUCAGCGACUACACAUCCCACGGCGGGCCGGGCCGACGGCCCUACACCGGCGAAGCCUAUCACGAAGACGACUUCGAGGACGGCAUGCGCCAACAUGUCCAGUGCCAGACCUCGUAGCCGGUGGCGGAGGGGGGGGCCGGAGCCCCCCCCUCUGCCGA